AUGGGGAAGAUCACCUUCUACGAGGACCACGGCUUCCAGGGCCGGCACUACGAGUGCAGCAGCGACUGCCCCAACCUGCAGCCCUACCUCAGCCGCUGCAACUCCAUCCGGGUGGACAGCGGCUGCUGGAUGCUCUACGAGCGCCCCAACUACCAGGGCCACCAGUACUUCCUGCGGCGCGGGGACUACCCCGACUACCAGCAGUGGCUGGGCCUCAGCGACUCCAUCCGCUCCUGCCAGGCCAUCCCCUACCAGACCAGCUCUCACAGGAUAAGGCUGUACGAGAGAGAUGACUACGGGGGCCUUGUUUCUGAGCUCACUGAGGACUGCUCCUGCAUCCACGAUCGCUUCCGGCUCAAUGAGCUCCACUCCCUGCAUGUGCUGGAGGGCUACUGGGUCCUCUACGAGAUGCCCAACUACCGGGGGCGGCAGUACCUGCUGAGGCCGGGGGACUACAGGCGCUAUCACGACUGGGGAGCCAUGGAUGCCCAAGUGGGCUCUCUGAGACGGGUCAUCGAUUUGUACUAG